ACGUUUCGCUUCUUGUUUCCUUUUUUGGGUGCUGUCAAGAUGGCGGAUCGUAGGAGGCAGCGCGCUUCGCAGGAUAGCAGCGAGGAGGAUGAGUCCGACUCGCCGCCUGGAAGCGCAGGUUCUUCCCCACGCAGCGGCAGUCACCGCUUUGGCUUAGCCGGAGCGGCAGGCAACGGGGGUGCUACUGCUGGUACUGAAAACGUGGAGGCGCCGGUGACGGUGGGAGGUAGCCCGGCCGACUCGGAGUGUGAAAGUGAAGAUGGCAUAGAAGGAGAUGCUGUACUCUCUGACUAUGAAAGUGCUGAGGACUCUGAGGCUGAGGAGGGAGAAUACAGUGAAGAGGAAACAACUAAAGUGGACUUAAAGCGGGACAGAAAUGACACUGAAUUGAGAACAAAAGCAGAUAAAGGGGAUGAGAAACCAGAAUCAAAAGGCACAGUCGCAGGUGAAAGGCAGAGUGGGGAUGGGCAGGAAAGCACUGAACAAGUUGAAAAUAAGGUUGGUAAAAAACUUCCUAAGCACCUAGAUGAUGAUGAAGACCGGAAGAACCCAGCAUACAUACCUCGUAAAGGUCUCUUCUUUGAGCAUGACCUCCGUGGACAGACUCAGGAAGAGGAAGUCCGACCUAAGGGUCGUCAGCGUAAGUUGUGGAAAGAUGAGGGACGGUGGGAACAUGACAAGUUUCGAGAAGAUGAGCAAGCACCAAAAACCAGACAAGAACUGAUUGCUCUUUAUGGAUACGAUAUCCGCUCUGCACACAACCCUGAUGACAUCAAGCCCAGGAGGGUGCGCAAACCAAGAUUUGGGAGUCCACCACAAAGAGAAUCCAAUUGGUCCAGUGAACGGCCAAAUAAGCCACCACGACACCAGAGUCUAGACAGUACUUCUGUGGCACCUCGGACAUUCAUUAAUCGAAACUCAGCGGGGACAGGACGAAUGGCUACUCCAAGGGCUUUCCCCAAACCCAGUGGCUAUAAAGAAACUCGCCCAAGCUAUCGAGCUGUGGAUGUAAAUAGUCAACAUGCACCUCGCUUCAAUGAACAGUCAAAGCCUGAGAGCGGUUACCGGGCCAGACGAUCAGAUCCAAUCCCAGCACGGGAGCCUUCUCCAAAGUCUGAGAUGCCACAUAUUCAAAACAGCCCUGUUAAAAAAGAAGAAGUUGUUUUGGAAAAUCAAACUCCACCUGCAGAUGUUCUACAGACACAACCAGAUAGGCCUGUGGAAAAAAAAUCCUAUUCCCGGGCAAGGAGGAGCCGAAACAAAGCAGGCGAGACAGGAAAAUUGGCAGAUGAAGUUCCACCUCCAUCAGGGUUGAUACCAGCACCAUUAAAAACUGCUGAUAUUAUACCAUCCCCUUCUCCAGCAAAGACUGGUAAUUGGGAGGUGCCUGUUGAGGCAAAUCUGGAUGGUAUUGAGCAAGACAUGACUCAGUUGAAUAUAACAGAACAAAACUGGAAUCAAGGGCAACCCCAGUUCAUACAACCACAGGGUAUGCCUAAUCAGAUGCACAUUGGAGCAGCCCCACCCCCUCAGUUCAACAGAAUAGAAGAUAUGGGAGUUCAAGGUGGGCGUGCAAAGCGCUACUCAUCACAGCGUCAGAGGCCUGUCCCAGAGCCUGCUCCACCAGUCCACAUAAGCAUAAUGGAAGGGCAUUACUAUGACACUUUACAGUUCCAAGGUCCAAUUUAUACACACGGUGAAAAUCCUACCCCACUUCCUCCCCAAGGGGUGAUUGUUCAACCAGAAAUGCAUCUCCCACAUCCAGGAUUACAUCCACAUCAGACACCUGCACCUUUGGCUAACCCUGGCUUAUAUCCUCCUCCGGUCUCCAUGCCCCCUGGACAGCAGCCACCACCACCACCACCACCACAACAAUUGUUAGCACCAACCUACUUCUCCCCUCCUCCUGGAGUAAUGAAUUUUGGCAAUCCCAGUUACCCCUACCCUCCAGGAGCACUUCCACCUCCCCCACCUCCCCAUCUGUAUCCUAACACUCAAGCCCAGUCUCAGGUGUAUGGAGGGGUCACCUAUUACAACACAGUCCAGCAACAAGUCCAGCCCAAACCUUCACCACCACGAAGAACCUCCCAGCCAGUCACCAUCAAGCCACCCCCUCCUGAGGAUGGCAGAAAUGAAAAAUCCAAAGAAAGGAACAACAUUUAGAAAAUUCUGCAUCUUGCUGAUUUCAGUAGAGUACCAGAGCUGGCCCUGUGGAAGACAGAAGACAGCUCCUUCGUGGAAUCUCUCCUCUCUUUUCCCUUGGUAAUGGACGAUCCGCAUGGGGGCAGAUACUUCUGCUAGGCCAGGCCAUAUCAGUAUCAAAACUGAGGCAAGAUAUCUGUCAGAAGGGUACCA